GGAUUCAACGAGAGGGGUCAGUUUCAACGCGAGUUGUUCAUGCCCAAGUCCAUGGCUCGAUGGCAUCGCGUCACUAACGCAGCGUCUACCCACAGUGGGAUGUUCAGGGGUCGCGUCUUGGAGGGGAACCCAACCAAGCGCUACAGAAUAUGCGUCAAAUCCAAUCAAACCAUGGCCACGUCCCGAGGAUUAGUUUGGAGCCUGACGACAAUGCCCGAGGCGGGUCCGGGUUCCCCUCCAGACCCCUCCAGACCCAUGGCCACUUGGCAGGGGAGUUGUCUCCUGGGCGUGACGUGGCGGUCUUCACCGACAAUUCUACUGGCGCCUCACAUCACGGUGGAGCCGGACAAUGGCCGAGUCACCUUUGCAACGGGGCGGAAAUCGCGGCGCUCUCCUAUUGGGCGCUUCAGUUCAGCCGUGAUCUCGGGGCAUCGUGGCGGUCAGCUGUGAGGACGAGGGGCUCUGGGGCGAACAAGCUAGGGCCUGAAACGACUCAGGGCGCUUGCUGUUGUUGUCUGUGCGUGCGUGCAUGCGUGCGUGAGAGACACGAUCGACUAAGACACUGGAGAUGGCUAGGGUUUGAUGGACACACAUCAUGUUGGCCCAAUCCUGGGCGCGUCUUGGGCUCAUUUGGGUUGCCUCAGAGGGGCUUCUGGAACCAACACGAACACUGGCGUGAAAUGAACUGCAUGCGAAGUGGAGAGGAUGAUUCUUCUCUUUCUGGAGAGAGCGCUGGAAGCGCGCCCCAGUCAUGAGUUCGGAGAUAGAACACUUAAUUAUGACAUGUUGAUAUUAAGUAACUUCUCAAAUUGUUAGGGAACAACAGCUCCAAGCCCGAGCGAAACUGUUGCCG